CCUCCGCGCCUGCUCUCCGCGCCUCUGCUCCCUCUCCCCCCAACCCCGCCCGGUAGUCCGGAGCUGCGCGCGGGCCCGCGGAGACCAUGUCCUGACUGAGGGGAGAGGGCGGAGGCGGCAGCAGCGGGACGGGUGGCGGCACGGAGGGAGGCGGAGAGGGGCCGGGCUCGGCUCGUCGCCGCGGGCUGCUCGGGGGAGUCGCCGCCGCCGCCGCCGCCGCCGAGCGCUGAGCAUCGGACGGGGAGAAGGAGCAGGAGCUGGAGGAGCCGCCGCCGCCAGCUUCCUGCCUGACAUAACUCACUUCAAGAAGAGCACAAUGUCAGAACGUGGAAUUAAGUGGGCUUGUGAAUAUUGUACGUAUGAAAACUGGCCAUCUGCGAUCAAGUGUACUAUGUGUCGCGCCCAAAGACCAAGUGGAACAAUUAUCACAGAAGAUCCAUUUAAAAGUGGUUCAAGCGAUGUUGGUAGAGAUUGGGAUCCUUCCAGCACUGAAGGAGGAAGUAGUCCUUUGAUAUGUCCAGACUCUAGUGCAAGACCCAGGGUUAAGUCUUCAUACAGCAUGGAAAAUGCAAAUAAAUGGUCAUGCCACAUGUGUACCUAUUUGAACUGGCCAAGAGCAAUCAGAUGUACCCAGUGCUUAUCCCAGCGUAGGACCAGGAGUCCCACAGAAUCUCCUCAAUCCUCAGGAUCCGGUUCAAGACCAGUUGCUUUUUCUGUUGAUCCUUGUGAGGAAUACAAUGAUAGAAAUAAACCGAACACAAGGACCCAGCACUGGACUUGUUCUAUUUGCACGUAUGAAAACUGGGCCAAGGCUAAAAAAUGUGUUGUUUGUGACCAUCCCAGACCUAAUAAUAUUGAAGCAAUAGAGUUGGCAGAGACUGAAGAGGCUUCUUCAAUAAUAAAUGAGCAAGACCGAGCUCGGUGGAGGGGAAGCUGCAGCAGUGGGAAUAGCCAAAGAAGAUCACCUCCCACUACGAAACGGGACUCGGAAAUGAAAAUGGAUUUUCAGAGGAUUGAAUUGGCUGGUGCUGUUGGCAGCAAGGAGGAACUUGAAGUGGACUUUAAAAAACUAAAACAAAUUAAAAACAGGAUGAAAAAGACCGAUUGGCUAUUCCUCAAUGCUUGUGUGGGGGUUGUAGAAGGUGAUUUAGCCGCUAUAGAAGCGUACAAGUCAUCAGGAGGAGAUAUUGCCCGUCAGCUCACUGCAGACGAAGUGCGUUUGCUGAACCGUCCUUCUGCUUUUGAUGUUGGCUAUACUCUUGUACAUCUGGCUAUACGUUUUCAGAGGCAGGAUAUGCUAGCAAUACUGCUUACAGAGGUGUCUCAGCAAGCAGCAAAGUGUAUUCCAGCAAUGGUGUGUCCUGAACUGACAGAGCAGAUCCGGCGAGAGAUAGCGGCCUCUCUUCAUCAGAGAAAGGGAGAUUUUGCUUGCUAUUUUCUAACUGACCUUGUAACAUUUACCUUGCCAGCAGAUAUUGAAGACUUGCCUCCAACAGUCCAGGAAAAACUAUUUGAUGAGGUGCUUGAUAGAGAUGUUCAGAAAGAGUUAGAAGAAGAAUCCCCAAUUAUAAACUGGUCUUUGGAGUUGGCUACGCGCUUGGACAGUCGGCUGUACGCACUUUGGAACCGGACUGCAGGAGACUGCUUACUUGAUUCCGUGCUCCAGGCUACCUGGGGCAUUUACGACAAGGACUCGGUGCUCCGGAAAGCCCUGCAUGACAGCCUGCAUGACUGUUCACAUUGGUUUUACACACGUUGGAAAGAUUGGGAAUCAUGGUAUUCUCAGAGCUUUGGUUUACAUUUUUCCUUGAGAGAGGAACAGUGGCAAGAAGACUGGGCAUUUAUACUCUCUCUUGCUAGUCAGCCUGGAGCAAGUUUGGAACAGACACACAUUUUUGUACUUGCACAUAUUCUUAGACGACCAAUUAUAGUUUAUGGAGUAAAAUAUUACAAAAGUUUCCGGGGAGAAACUUUAGGAUAUACUCGGUUUCAAGGUGUUUAUUUGCCUUUGUUGUGGGAACAGAGUUUUUGUUGGAAAAGUCCCAUCGCUCUAGGCUAUACAAGGGGCCACUUCUCUGCUUUGGUUGCCAUGGAGAACGAUGGCUACGGCAACCGAGGUGCUGGUGCUAACCUGAACACCGAUGACGAUGUCACCAUCACGUUUCUGCCUCUGGUGGACAGUGAGAGGAAGUUACUCCACGUGCACUUUCUUUCUGCCCAGGAGCUAGGUAAUGAGGAACAGCAAGAGAAACUGCUCAGGGAGUGGCUGGACUGCUGUGUGACCGAAGGGGGUGUGCUGGUGGCCAUGCAGAAGAGUUCUCGGCGGCGGAACCACCCCCUGGUCACGCAGAUGGUAGAGAAAUGGCUUGACCGUUACCGACAGAUCCGGCCUUGUACAUCCCUGUCAGACGGAGAGGAAGAUGAAGAUGAUGAAGAUGAAUGAAAAAAAAAA